AUGCAACCUAACGUCGGUGCAUCACCUGCUGUGUCCCUGAGAGCGGCCAGAGUAGUGAAGACGCCAAGACGACCGACUGUUAAUACUGCAGCCACGGCUCAUAGCCCUCGACAGUCUCACAAGGUCUUCUUCCGUCCGAGAUCUAAGGGCGUCUGGGCUGGAACCCAUCAUGGCACCGAUAGCCAGGACUUCACAGCCGACUCUGAUGACUCCGAGUAUAGCUCGUCGUGCCUCUCGACUAGUACUCAGGCCACCACAGUAUAUGACUCGGACGUUACUGUCGGCAAGGGAUCUAGUGCAGGCAAGGUCAUGCGGGCUCCCACCCCAACCGCUCCAGUGCGUCGAGGCGGCCUGCGGCAAACGACGUCUCGCACUGGCACAGAAGCCUCUUCCUCGCGUAGCGGAUCAGGCGUCACUGUCGAGACACCAAAGCGGACUGUCCACAUUGAAGUCCUUGCGGCAAAAGAGAACCAACAGGAUACCCGCCAUCAGAAGCAGAUCGAGCAUGUGCUCAUGGAAAAGAUUGAGCAGCUGGAGCUCGAGAAGAGGAGCUGGCAUGAGAAGGAGAGCAGCGCAUUGAAGGAACUGGAAGAUGCCAUGGAGAGGUCAUCUUCUCUUGGCAUUGGGAAAGAGGAAGUUGAAAAGCAGCUUGACGACGAACGAAAGCAACGAGGCGAGGAUCGACAGCAUCUGGAUGACCUCGAGCAGGAGUUCAUCGAGCAAGGCAAGAUGCUUGGUGAUCUGCGUCUCGAGUUUGACAAACAGACAUGGGAUAUCGAAGCCUACGAGAAGGAGAAGACCACAUGGGUCGAACUCAAGGCUGCUUUGGAGGAAAAGUGCGCCGAGCUUGAGAAAAGCCUCCAGGAGAUUCAAGACCACAGGGAUGCCAAGCAGACCUUCCUGGUCGAACAGGUUGCGUCACUGCAGAUUAUCAAGGAGUCUCUAGAGGGCCGCGUCGGUGCCCUCGACAGUGAGCACGUCGCUCAACAGACAGAGAUCGGCAAUCUACUCAAGGAGCGCGACCGUCUUCGUGAAGAAUCAGAACAGCAACAAGCCUCCUUGAAAACGCUAGCCGAAGAGAAGGUUGCCGUCGAGGAGGAGAAACAAAAAAUUCAAGCUCGAGUCGAGGAGCUCGAGGGCGAAAACGAAACCCUUAAGGCGCAAGUCCGGGACCUUGAGACUGAUGUGCAGAACCUUAAAACACAGAUUGAGGGCUUGGAGGGAGAGAAAGUGGAGCAGAACACUCAAAUCACCACUCUCACCACGGAGCGCGAUGAGCUCAAGGCGGAGAACGGCGCGCUCAAGGAACAGACCUCUACUCAGGACGCGGACAUCACUAAACUUCGAGACGAAAUGGCUCCUCUCAACGAUGAGCUUGAUCGUCUUCGGCAAGAAAGUCCUAUCGCGGAGCGAGAUGGCCUACUUGCAGCUACCGCUCUCCUGAAGGCCCAGAAUUCUGAUCAAGAGGCCGAAAUGGUCAAGAUGCGCGACGAGCUCAAGAAUGCCCAGGAUGAAGUUACGAAGCUGGCAGAUAACCAAAAGGCUCUACAAGCCGAAAAUGAUGAGCUCAAGACAAAAGCUCCUGAGCCUCAGCAAGACACGACAGCAACCGAGGAACUUCAGCAACAAAUCAGCGGCCUUGAAGAGCAGAAGAAGAAGCUCGAGGAAGAGGCAGCGAAGGUUACAGCUCUUGCUACCGAGAAAGCAGAGCUUGAGUCUCAGAAAGCUGAGCUAGAAGCCAAAGCAUCGGAACUUGAGUCGGCCAAGGCGGAGCUGGAACAACAUGCUAGCCAGGUGCCCCUUCUAAGGACGGAAAAUGCCAACCUGGUCAGCCAACUGAGCGCAGCUCAUCAACAGGUUGAGGAGCUUGGUGCAGCCCAGCAGAAGUCAACAGCAGAGAUGGCUGACUUGCAGUCCUUUGUCAAUCGGCUGGCAACGCCAAAGAGAGCCCAGUCAGAGUCCAGAAGCACCACCAGCAGUAAGAAGAAGAGCAGUGCCAGGAACAGCAAGGAGGAGCUGGUAGUUGUGCGAAAUCCACAAGAUCGUGGUAGUAUGUAA